ACAAUACAAUGCUCCACAAAAUAAUCUUUCAUACACAGAAAACUUUUUGUACAUGCUUGAUCACUUGUCUGAAGAGAAUUAUAAACCCAACCCAAAAUUAGCUCGAGCUUUAGAUAUUCUAUUUAUUCUUCAUGCAGAUCAUGAAUUAAAUUGUUCAACUGCAGCAAUGAGACAUAUAGGUUCAUCACUUGUUGAUCCUUAUAGUGCAAUUUCAGGCGCAUCUACUGCAUUGUAUGGGCCACUCCAUGGAGGUGCAAAUGAAGCAGUAUUGAGAAUGUUAGAAGAAAUCGGUUCAAAAGAAAAUGUAUUAGGAUUUUUGGAAGAAGUUAAACAAAGAAAAAGGAAAUUAUUUGGAUUUGGUCACAGAGUUUAUAAAAAUUAUGAUCCUAGAGCAAAAAUUAUCAGAAAGAUUGCUUUUGAGGUGUUUGAUGUAUGUGGACGUGAACCACUUAUAGAUGUGGCU